GGUGGUUUGGCAGAUCUAACACUCCACGUCUCCUCUUCUAUGGUCAUAUCCCCAUAAGCAUCGUACCUACAACCUACUAUGCUAUAUAUGUAUGCACCUUUCUUCACACGCUCGCCCAUCUCACCCCCACAAACGCAUUCUGACAAACACAUUCAGAGCAUUUGUUUUCUGCCUUUCCCCUUUGUUUUCUCCAACUGGUAAUUUAUUCUGUACGCAAGUAAAGGUGAUUACAGCGCUGCAGGGUUUCUCGGCAAUCGGCGGACGACCACUCAUCAUCUCUGCUUUCUCGCCUGCAGCGCAGCGUCGAGAAAACGUGAACAGUGCGUCACCUUCAUUAUUGCGCUUUUAUAGCCCCGAAAAUUACCGCUCAACCGCUGCCUUUAUUUCCCAUUACCCAUUUCUACUGCUUGUAUUCGUGAGUUGUGGUGUUGUUGUUAGCGAGGUAGCGGCGGGUGAUGGGGAAUUGCCAGGCUGCGGAGGCGGCGACGGUGGUGAUUCACCACCCCGGCGGGAACAGGGUGGAGAGGAUUUACUGGUCGGUGAGUGCGAACGAGGUUAUGAGAUCCAACCCCGGCCACUACGUCGCAAUGGUGAUUGCUUCGCCGGCGGCCAGGACGGAGAAUGGCACGCCGGUUAAGCAGCUCAAGCUCCUCCGGCCGGAUGAUACUUUGCUUCUCGGACAGGUGUACCGGCUUAUCAGCUUUGAAGAUGUUUUGAAAGAGUUUGCUGCCAAGAAAUGCGUGAAGCUAGGCAAGUUGCUGAAGGAGAGAGGAGCAUUCAACAUUGAUACAAAGAAAAAUCAGGACACAAACCCCAGUUCAAACCCAUCAACCGCCGCUUCUACUACGGCGGAGCUGCAGAAGGGGAACCGUGUCGGAAGCGGCGGGUAGCAGCAGAGGCGGCGGGAGGCAUGCGGGUGGUGGAGGACAGUGGAGACCAGCUUUGCAUACUAUUGCAGAGCUUGGAACUUGAACAUCAAGAAUCAGCAUAACAUAAUGCAUAUUGAUGUCGCUUUCCAAUUCCUCCACUUUGAUUCAUAAAUAAAACCAGCUCUACUUUUUCUGUCCGUUUUCCGACAAGAUGAUCACGCCACACUUUUUCAGAGAAUACAUGUAUAAAGAAAGUAUCUACGUUUUUUCUUGAUAUUGGGUUUGGGAAUUGGGACCCAGAACGUUUGAGCUAAAAUGCCAGAUGACCUGACCAGAGGUGUAAUUACCUUUUUCGAAACUUGUAAUCAACUCGAAAUCUCAUUUCUAUCGUGGUACUUUGUUUUUUUAUCUAGGAUAAUUUCUUUGUGCUA